AUGUACAAGAAGGGGUGCGAGGCGCAGGACCUGUUCGGCGCCCCCCUCUCCGCCGCCAUGUACUUCCCGGCAUUCAGGGGCGCCGGCGUCGCCGACGAGCAGGCUGCCAACCAGGUGCAACUUGGGCACGACGUCGGCGCAGCUCUCCGCCGCCGCGCGGCGAUCACCCUUGGCGCAUCCAUCUACGACCCCGACGCGUCUGACACCGUCCACCCCAACACAGAAGGCGUUCCAGCAAUCAUGAGUACGCACACCAUCGACGAGUGCGUCUGGCUGGUGUUCCAGAGGGCCAGGUCAGUGCCGACCGUCCCCCAACUCAACCGCGCCGCCGCGGCCCUCUCCCUCGACCUCUCCAAGCAGGUCCUCCACUCGUGCAACAACCACUUCGUCAUCCUG